AGGCCUGCGAGAAAAUAAGUUCGAAUAGCCGCGCCUUGGCAAAUUCUAGGACCUCUCAUUACCUUUCUUCGAAUACUAAGCUGCUAGGUUAAUACAUGCCAAUACAUACCAAGAGUCCAAGACGCAGGACAAGCCAAACAAGCCACCAAGAUCGCUAGGGACAUUGAAGCGAAGCUACCUGGCUGUGGUGAUCACGGUGAUCACGACUCGCCCGAACUGUAUUGCGCCUAGAAACGUUGUUUUUGAUUUUAGCACUUUAGUCACCCCCCUUGAGCCCUUGAGUCUCAUUUCCCUUCUCUAGAGGGCGGGAAAAAAACAAAGGCUCAGUUCCUGGUAGCUUUCUCUCGGCCACCUGCGCCUCAAUCUCUGCACUUUUUUUUUUCUUUCCAUUUCGUUGCUUUCGGAGAAACCCAAUUGAGUCCCAAUGGUGUGUAAGUACAGAUGACAUCUUCUUUCUUUGGACUAGAACUCUUCUCAAUAUACCACACCCAGCACACCCAGCACACCCUAUACCACCCAUACAUUUACCCAAUUGCAUGCCCGAUUAUUAGUCAGAACCUUUCCCUCUCCCCGUUCCUCUCUGUUUUAUCUUAGAUUUCGUCUCUUCGCGCCUGCUACGUCCCGCAGAGUAUGUGGUGUCUGUCACCACCGAUACAUUGACGGACGGACCGACGCUUAGCUUAUUCUGUUGGCUAACAAUGACGCGCGACGAUGGAUCGCGAUUUAGUCAAUUUACCCAGCUUUCACGCACAAAUCCGCAAGACGGUAACGGGCUUGACCGUUGGUAGUCAGCAUCAUCACGAGAAUGGAGAGCCGCACGAGGGUACGCCUUUAAUAGGUAAUGGAAAUGGUACCAUUACCCAGAACGGAUAUGGACAUGGACAUGGACAUGGAAAUGGACAUAGCGACACGUGGGAGUUCUUUUUCAAUUCGCAUUACACCCCCGGUGCCGACAAUCCGAAGCCAUGGGUGAAGUAUCCAGCGCACGUAUGGCACAUCACUAAGGCUACUCUACUGAGCAGCCCGGUCAAUAUUCUUCUCGUCGCCGUGCCGAUUGGCAUCAUCGCUGGUCAAGCCGGCUGGGAUCCGGUCGCCGUUUUUGUCAUCAAUUUUUUCGCCAUCAUUCCUUUAGCUGCCGUCUUAUCGUUUGCGACCGAGGAAAUAUCCGUCAAACUCGGCGAGGCUCUUGGCGGAUUGCUCAAUGCUACUUUCGGCAAUGCUGUGGAAUUGAUCGUUAGCAUAAUCGCAUUAAGAGACAGACAAAUCGAGGUCGUGAAGUCGUCCAUGAUUGGCUCGAUCUUAUCGAAUCUACUCCUCGUCAUGGGUAUGUGCUUCUUCUUCGGUGGCAUCGUCAAUAUGAGGGACGGCGAUGGCCACGGCCAGGAACAAAGCUUCCAGACCAUCACUGCCCAGACAACCGCUUCUUUGAUGACCCUGUCUGCUGCUUCCAUGAUCCUCCCCGGCACGUUGUUCAUGAUUAUCAACGAUAGCGACGAAGGCGACACCGGCGAGCGCAACAACAUCAUCCUGUCACUUUCUCGCGGCACGGCCAUUAUUCUGCUCCUUCUCUACGUUUUAUAUCUAUUUUUCCAGCUAAGAACGCACCACAAGCUGUUUAGUGCUGAGUCAGGGGUCGAGUCACAAUCGGCGCAGAACGAAACGCAGCUACCGGCUGAUGCUCAGGCCGAAAAUGUGCGACCAGUAGUACAGGAGUCCAGCGAGGAGGAGGAAGAAGUUCACAUGAGCCCGUAUUCCGCUGCUGCCGUCCUUAUUGUCGCGACUGUCCUGGUCUCUAUCUGCGCCGACUAUCUGGUAGAAAGCAUAGAUGCUCUAGUGGAACGCGCUCAUAUAAGCCGAAGCUUCAUUGGUCUUAUCCUAAUUCCCAUCGUAGGCAAUGCCGCGGAGCACGUCACGGCCGUUGUUGUGGCUGUUAAAAACAAGAUGGAUCUGGCCAUGGGAGUUGCUAUCGGCUCCAGUAUCCAGAUUGCUUUGUUCGUAACCCCAUUCCUCGUGGUCCUCGGAUGGAUUAUGGAUAGAGACAUGGAUCUUCAUUUUGAGACUUUUGAAACUGUGUCGUUCGCAUUAGCCGUGCUGGUCGUGAUCUACACGGUCCAAGACGGAAAAUCCAACUACCUCGAGGGCGCAAUGUUGAUGGCUCUCUACAUCAUCAUCGCCUUAGCGUUCUUCGUCACCCCUAGCCAGUACUUCAACACUGAUUGGGUUGUUGGUAAGCUAAGCAGCCUGGUUGGAUCGACAUGAUUCCGAGUUUUGCCAUUCGCAAUCCACCCUCGAAGGGCGGAUAAGCUGCGCGCAAGGCGCGUAACAGUUCACGACUCUACGUUCAGUUACCCGACGCAUCCCCUGACAUUGUGGUUGGGGUGUAUCGUGCUAUUUGUAGCACUACCAUAAAUUUACUUCAUAAAUUUACUUUUCGAGUCAGUGUUCUUCACGUGGGUAGUAAUCUUCAGCAAUUUUCUUUGUCUUUAUCUGUAUAUUAGUGAAGUUUACCUAGGUCUGAAAAAGAAGAGACGCCAGCUACCCACCGGAAAUUUGGCGGUUUACGCGGUAGCGGGAAUACAGAAUAUAGGCAUAUAGGGGCAUUCUGAAAACGGAGCAAUAGAUCAGAUGUAUUUCUAUUUACGAAGUUUGGAUGUAUAUAGACGGUAAUAAACCCAUCCAUAUUUCAAUUUUCCAGGGGUGAAAGCUUUGUAGGUACUUGGGUACUUAAUCCCGAUUUCCCGACCGAUCUUUG